UCGUGCGCGGCAAAUUAAGCUUUCGAAUUGUGCGAAAUUUCUGAUUGAUAGAAUGACGUUUCCUCAAGCUCAUCAAAUUGAAUUGAUAGCAUUGGCAGAAUUAGCAGGAAUUUCAGCAGUUCCAGGAGUUUAUCGUAUCAUAUUGGAACUUCUUGCACUUCAAAUAUCACCAGAAGAUAUAUAUAUACUUUUAAAGCAAAUAUGUCCAGGAUCAACAGAGAACCAAACUGUUGAUAACAUUGAAGAAGUAUCUGAUACGUAAACUACAAAUUAGUAUCUAUAGUUACAGCCUGAAUUUCUGCCAUAUUAUUAGUUGCUCGUCCAACAACUGCUUGUGAUACAUUUCUAUAAUCAACAGAUUUAAACAAAAGCUCUACAUGGAAUAAUUAUUAGGUACU